AUGUCAUUUAAGCUUGCAGUGGCGGUGACGCUCUACGCGUCGACGUUCUUCCUCGGCGCCUCUGCUGCUCCGAGGAGCCUCGUCGAUUGGCUGAACCCAAAUUCGACGUGCUCGCAAAUCAAGAAUGCCUUGUCUUCUUCGUCUGCAUUGUGUUGGCCAGGAACAGCGGAGGACGUCGGGAAGAUCCUACAAAUCCUUGCGGCCACCAAUACGUCCUUUGCUGUGAAAGGCGGCGGCCAUGCGUCCAACCCGGGCUUCUCGUCCACCACGGGCGUGCACAUCUCCAUGACCCGCUUCUCGGAAGUGACGUACCACCCAGAGUCGUCCACGGCCGACAUCGGCGCGGGCAACGUCUGGGACACGGUGUACAAUGUCCUCGAGGAGCAGGGCGUGAUGGUUGUCGGGGGGAGGGUCACUGGUGUGGGCGUUGCAGGAUUUACACUUGGCGGAGGGUACUCGUGGCUGACGAACCAGUAUGGCCUGACGAUUGACACUGUCGUGGCCUUCGAACUCGUCCUGCCCAACGGGACGGUCACUACCGUUACGGAGUCGUCCAAUCCCGAUCUCAUGUUCGCUCUGAAGGGCGGGUACAACAACUUCGGCAUCGUGACCAAAUUCACCCUGAAGACCUUCGCGCAGGGACAAGUUUGGGGAGGCCUGCUGACGUUUACCGAGAACGUCAUCCCGCAAGUGACCGCCGCCGCGGCGAACUUCGCCGCGAACGUGACGGACCCGAAGGCGGGGAUCAUCACCACGUACAACUUCCUCCUCGGUGAGCCGGGAGUGUCCCAGAUCCUCUUCUACGACGGCGAGGAGCCGCCCGCGGGGAUCUUCGACGAGUUCCUCGCGAUCCCGCACUUCACGGAGGACAUCAAGACGCGCAGCUUCAGCAGCCUCGUGCAAGCUAGCCCGUCGAACGCUACGUCCGGAACUCGGGGGAUCUUCAACACUGUCUCCCUCCUCGAGUACACGCCCGAGCUGCUCGACACCAUCGUGAACGAAACCACCUACUGGGGCUCCACGCUGCAGUGGUCCUCGGGCACCUUCAUCUCGUACGACGUCGAGCCCUUCCGGCCGUCCCUCUUCUCGCAAGGCAGCACCUCCACGUCCGCGUACCCGCCCUCGCGCGCACAGCCGCUCCUCCCGCUGAACCUGUACUUUGCAUACACGGACGCGCUGCAGGACCAGCGGUUCUACGACGCGAUCCGGCAGACCGCCGCCACCAUCAAGGCGAAGGCGGUGUCGCUGGGCCAGGCCGUCGCGGACGCGCCGAUGUACGGCAACUACGCGAUAUUCAGCACGCCGCUGGAGACGAUCUACGGGGAGCAGCUCCCGCGCCUGCGCAGCAUCAAGCAGCGGUACGACCCGGGCAACGUCAUGGCGCUCGCUGGGGGGUGGAAGAUCUGA